AAUUAAGAGGAAUGUCUAAUUGUGCCUUGUAUUUUAUUUUGAAUUUGGUUUUUAUAUUGCUGAGUUAUAACUACGCUGUAUGUGAAGAUGCAAAACCAGCAGGCAAUAAAAGGUAUCUCUUAUAUGACUGUAACCCUGGUGAGGGCUUCAACCUACGUAGAGAUGUUUACAUGCGAGUUGCAAACCUUGUAAAAAGCUUGCGUGAAAGCAAAUCCUGUAAGGGAGAUGACUGGGUUUUGGUUCUGCCCCCUUGGGGAAGAAUCAGCUACCAUUGGAAAGAGCAUGGAAUGGAACAGAGCCUUAUCCCAUGGUCAAUGUUUUUUAAUGUAAAAAGCAUGAGUGGGUUUGUUCCAGUUAUUGAAUAUGAGGAUUACAUUGAAGAGGUGGGAGAAGCAGUGAUAGACGAGUUGUGGUAUCUACAGAACUAUGCAGAAGGAUGGAGUAGUGGGACUUGGGAGGAAAAAAUGCAUGAGAGAGAUUGCAUUGAGAACCCUGUUUAUGAAACUGAUAGCGAAGGGAAAAUUCGCGGGUGGUUUUGGGGCUAUGAAGAAACUUAUGCAAAAACUUUUAAAUGUGUUUCGGUGCAAGGAAUGUCUAAGCUGUUUGUGAAGCCGUUGUGUGGUGGAAAUACAACAGCAAAGUCGGUUAUGCUGGACAGAGGAGAGAAUAUGCUCCAUGAUAUGUUUGGUGGGAAGAGGUAUUGGGAUUGUAGAAGAAGCAUGGUGUUUGCGGAUGCUUUGAUUAAAACAGCGGACCAAUUUCGGUCAAAGUAUCUGGAUUCUGAUGAUGUUCGUGAUAAAACUGUCAUGCCGGAAAAUUGGAAGGAUCAUAAAUGUACAGAAGAUGCUAUUGGUGGACCAUAUAUUGCCGCUCAUGUAAGAAGGAAGGACUUCCUGUAUGCUAGAAAGGAGUUUGUGCCGUCAAUUAAACAAGUUGCGAAGGUUUUGAGCGAAAAAAUGAAAGAAUAUAAAGUGGACAAAGUAUUUAUUGCUUCUGAUGGGACAAAAGAAGAAAUGAAAGAACUAAAAUCGCUUCUUCCUGGCAUGUUUAUGUACAAACCCACAAAAACUGAGAAGAGUGAAUUUAAAAUGGGUGGCGUGGCGAUCAUAGACCAGAUAAUUUGUUCACAUGCUCGAUUUUUCAUGGGAACCAAAGAAUCAACUUUUUCUUUCCGAAUUCAAGAAGAGAGAGAAAUUAUGUGCUUUCCAAAACACACAACUUUUAACAGAAUAUGCUCGGAUGAGGGCAGCGAUGAUUGUGAACAGCCAGCCAAGUGGAAAAUUGUGUGGAAAAGUGAUAGCGAAAUCUGGGAUUAACUUUUGCAGUGUUUGUUGCCCUGAGAUUAGAUCUUCUACUAGUUCAAACGUCAUUUAAUGAUAAAGUAUAUUAUAUUAUUAUUAUACAUUCUAAAAUGUUGCAAUUUAUACAGCAUCUUUUUCUACUAAACCUUUCUUACUUUGCUAGUAAAUUUAACCAAUUCCUAUACAUAACUUACUUAGCUAAUAGCUUAUCUGCAAAAAACACGCAAUCAUUCCAACACAAUGUAGAAUUUAUUUCUUAAAACAAAAAACAUUUUUUCAUUAAUUAUUUAAGAUGCAGUUAACUUUUUAUUGUUCUGAAUAAAGCGGGAAAUUUAUUGUUACUAGAAGUGCUAGUGUUGUUAUACGG